UAAGACUACUCAUUGAGCAUACGGGGUCUCGUAGACAAAAGGUUGGAUAGGUCCCGUAUGUACAUUUGAAGGAUUAUGUUUGAUGGAGUUGUGGAGCUGGGAAAUGGUGUUGUUAUGAUGCCUCGACUUGGGUUGGGAACGUUUCGUGUGAGAGACAAUGAGGUUGUUUACAACGUGCUGGACGCAGCUUUAGCUAAUGGAUAUCGUCUGAUAGAUACAGCAAGUUCGUACAAGAACGAGACAGAGAUAGGUUCAGCGCUGCAAGAACUCUUACCCAAGUAUCAUCUAAACAGAGAAGAUAUCUUUAUAACCAGCAAACUAGGUCCAGCUGAACAUGGUGAAGAGAAAUCAUAUCAUGCCUGCUGUCAGUCGCUUGAUCGAUUGAAAGUUGACUGGCUUGAUCUCUAUUUAAUACACUGGCCUGGUGUACAAAAGCUGAAGCACGACGAUCCACGCAACACGCAACUUCGUAAGCAAAGCUGGACGGCUUUGGAGCAAUUGAGUCGAGACGGAAAGGUAAAAGCGAUUGGAGUGUCUAAUUACACAAUAAGUUUGAUGGAGGAGCUACUCGAGUAUGCAACAAUCAAACCCUCCGUACUGCAGGUGGAAUUUCAUCCCUUGCUGUAUCAACAGGAAGUUCAACAUUUUUGUAGGAUCCAUGGAAUUCAUCUUCAGGCUUACUCAUCAUUAGGAUGCGGCAAGCUACUUGAUCACGAACUAGUCGUUUCUAUUGCUGCAAAGCACCAGAAGUUGCCAUCACAAGUCUUGCUCAGAUGGGCUUUAGAGUUAGACACGAGUGUUAUCCCACGAUCCGUGAAUAUCAACCACGUUGCUGAGAAUUCAAGAUUAUUUGAUUUUGCACUCUCUGGUGAGGAAAUUGAGGCACUUUGUAAACUACAUGAAGGCCACCACUUCUGCUGGGAUCCGGCAGGAAUCCAUUGAUGACAUACAACAGGCACAGACAUGGUGUGUUUUUAAGAGAUCGUGUACCAAUUAAUGUAAAACGGAAAGUUCAAAUGCUCUUCAGACAGUCGAAUGUGAUUGCAAGUACAUGUUGGAGGAACUGACUGUGUUGAUCAAUCCAACUGGAUCUUGUACAGGCAAAUCGUAAAGACUUCACAAGUGGCAUAGAUAUCACUCCACACCCUACUUCAUCAGCCUGUUGAUAAUUAAUUGCUUUUCCUGGUCGCUACUUAUGCUGUCUGUCAAUAACUUUAUUACUGGUAACUGAAUGUUGUUCAAAUUGUAAUAUGAUAGAAGUGCUUCAUGCAAUUCUAUCAAGAGUGCCAUUUUGUCUGAGAUCUUAUUAACAUAAUGGAUACUCAACAAGGUCUGCAUGACCUAUUUAUUGCAUCUCAUAGCAAGAAGUAGAUAAGUAAUUAGGCUAUUCCAGCAAUGUAAUCCAGAGCCUUGCCAGUCAAAUCAAAGUUGAUAUAGGUAGUUUCCUUGUUAUUGCAGUAGGCCCUUCGACAACAUGCAGUCAACAAGAACUCCUACAACAACGUUUGGAUUCAUACACCAAAGGCACCGUAUUUUGUAUUGACAAGUUUGCUUACAAGGGAGGUGGCCAUAUGCAUGAAUAGUCAGUCUUGAUGCUCAAGUGUUGUGUUCUCUUGCAAUACUCGAGUGUUGUGUUCUCUUCUAUCGACUGAUUCUUCAGGUAUAUAUCUGUGGAGUAGGAAUAUCUUUCCUAAUGUCAAUCAUAUGACCUACAAAACUUUAGUCAACCUUCGAUCAUAUAUGUCCCAGUCUUCUAGAUCUGAUGUCAUGCACUCUACGUGUAACCUAGCUAUAGCUAGAUAACAAGAUUGUAAUUUCAAUCCACAACUCUACUCCUACUGAUCUUCUCAGAGCCAUGCAACCUGUCAAGCUGCUGACAUGCAUGACAUUGAGGUUUCUCCAUGGUAACACAACAACCAAGACGUGACUUAGUUCUUGAAGAUGUUGACUCAUUGUUGUUGACGUAGUCAAAGAAGGUCUGGCUUCAGUACCAGGAUAGACACAACAGGAAUGUGGGCAAUCUGUAACAACAUUUACUGCUUAUGGUUGAACAAAUUCGGCUGAUAAAUAUUUUUCUUAGAAAGUUGGCCUGAGGCUAGGGAUGAUGCUUCAAACUGACAAUGUGUAGGAAUCUGUCAUUCUAAAGGAAAAGUAAUUGUCAACUUGAGAUUUUGUUCAACAUACUAUAUUUGAUAACUUAGGAAUGGAAUUAUGUAAUUUCCAUAUCAUAUUGAUAUUCUAUAUAUGAUUAUUUUCAUCCAUGUUGAGUAAUGGAAAUUAAUAUAAGUAUAUAUUAUUAAUUUUUUUGAAUGUAUUAACUUAUAUAGACAUACACAUACACACUUAGAUACGUCAGUAGUAAUGCAUACGUACGUACGUACACACACACACACACACACACACACACACACACACACACACACGCGCGCGCGCGUUGGUGUAACUGUUUUUGUCACACCUACA